AUGGUGGACAUCUCCUACCGCUGCCAAAUCACAUACCAAGAGGAGAAGCCAGUGAGCAUUGCUGCAGACAUGGUUGAGGAGCACCAAGGCCAAAAGUUCCUCAAGAACAGUGCCACCAACUAUGCCAUUUGCCAGCUGGUUUGUGGUGGCAAGCUGCCCGCAAAGAACCCCAGCUUGGCCAGGAGCAAGGAAUUGCAAGCAUUGGCCCAAGCCAGGAAUGACAAGAUCCAAGAAUAUUUUGCAGCACCAGAAGAGACCCAAGACUUGUUUGAUUCAGAGAUGCCCAAGAACAAAUGCACCAAAAAAAGAAAAGCCCAAGCCAUGGAAGAACCAGGUGACAAGUUUGUGGUCACCAUCCUAUUGGGUUCCACUGAGAUUCCAUGUUUGGUUGGUGGCCAAAGACCAGCCAAGUGUGAUUUGUUUGUGGCCAUGGAGCCAGAACCCUUGAGGGAAAUCAUUUCCCAUUUGAGAGCUGGCUGCCAAAUUGCCUUUGCCCAACCCAGCAGAAGUUACAAGGCCACCAAGAAAUGGCACAGCCAAGAAGAACAGCAAUCAACCAAGGUCCACCAUCAGUGUAAAAAAUCAAGUACCAAGCCUUUUUCUGAACCAGCCAUGGUGGAGAAAGUGGCUGCCCAAGUGAAAGCCAUGAUGGAUGGCAGCUUGGCCAUCAACCAGAAAGUCAGCCAGGUCAUUGACCUGUUGGAAGCCCAUGGGUUGGCCCACAGAGUGGUCCUGAAGCCAUCACAAGUUCUAUGCCACCCUGACAAGAGGGGUGGGACUAUGGUGUCCUACCAUGAUGCUUGGACCAAGGGCAAAGCCAUGCUGGGUGUUGGAAUCCAGGUCAGCCUUCUGCAUGGUUCCAUAGCGAUAGAGAUGUCCAAAGAUGAAGCCAAGAGAAAGGUCCAGGUUUCCAAGAAUGAGCAGUUGUUUCAUGAAGCCAAUGGCCACCUUGCACCUCUCAGUGGCCAGGAACGCUAUUUGUCUUUGAGUUCCAGCCACACUGUGACCUUCUUGAGAGCCAUGGAACACCAUUGUGUUGGACCAGCUGGAAGCCAGCCUGAUGUCCCCAAGAAUGACCCAGUCUGGAAAUGCAUUACAGAGGGAUGGAGCUGGGUGGUGGUCUCCAAUGAAAUGGAAGACCACAUCCCCACUUUUCCCAGUUGGGUGCAAAUGGCUAUGAAUUCUUCCAACUCAAUUGGAAGACCACAGACUGAGCUGGAGUUGGCCACUACAAUGGCCACAUUCUUCCAGAAUGGUAUGGACCUCAAGGAAGCCAUCACCCAGGCCAAGCAAGGAGACAUCAAAUGUCAACAGAGCCUCCCAGCUGUUGCCCACUAUGUCCAAAGAUUUGCUGGAGGCCCCAACUUUCCAUUGAUCCAUUUCUUGGGCAAAUUUGGCAAGCUGUUUGGUGGCACCUUGCUAUUGGGAGGUGAUUUCUUCCAUGCUUUGGCCCACACUGAUUUCAAGGUCAGUGGCCAAGUCUUUCCCAUGGUGAGAAUGGGUCUGUGGGCCACCAUGCUGACCAACCCACAAAAAUCUCAAGAUGGGUUCGCCAAAGUGUUCACCAAGGCAGACAUUGAAAAACUCAGAAGCCACCAGUCCAUUGAGAAAACCAAGCAGGCUGAGACCAUGUUGGCCAAAGCUUGGGAAACAUACCAGGAGUUGGUGACCAAGAAUAGCCAAAUGGAGCUCCACUACACCAAGUGCUUUGGUAAGUUCACAGUGAGGCUCUUGUUGUUCCUCACCCAGAAGCAAAAGGUGUCCAAGGAAGCCAAGUCAUGGGACUCCAUGGAGGACAUUUUGAAAGCCUUCACUGAAGAGGUUCAGAACCCACCUGCUUCAUCUUCGACUGGCCCAGGGGAGUGCUCCAGGGCACUGCCCCAUGUGUACUCCACCACCUGUUUACCAGCUUGGCCGCAGGAGGCUUUGAUUGCUAUGCCUUCUUUGAAAAAUACUUCCAAUGUUGGCAAAACCCCAGAGGUUGGUAUGCCAACUAUUUUCACCAAUUGUUUGAGAAGAAGAAAAUGGAAAAAUCCAAGAAUGCCAGAAAAUUCACUUGCACAGCAGCAGAAUGUUUAG